AGUGAUCAAUAACGGGAGAGAAAAAGUGUCAUGGCAGCUAAGCGUAGAAUACAUUGACAUGACCAAAAUCGAACAGGUUGAGCCAACUUGCUAGCCAAUGAAUCAAGCCUCAAACUUGGGUUUGAGCUUGUGAUUGAGCUCUCAACUAACGAGGCGGUCAUUAACAAGUCACGCUCCAGCUAACAAGACUCGCUAAUACACCUAGUGAUAUAUUUGCAAAUGCAGCACUAAUUAUAGAAUAAAAAAAUAAUUUUUAGACCGUUCUACAGCUUUAUACCAAAAUCCCACGCCACGCUUUUUCUCAAUCCAGGCCCCACUGUCGAAAUAUUACUUCGCCCCUUUGUCUCUAGCUCUCUCGAUCCAGCCUUCCUUUCUGACUUGAGAAGAAGAAGAAGGACAAAGAAAACAGAGAACUCGGCAAUGGGUUCCAAGCGGCGAUUGCCUGGGAUCUUUCCUGCGGUGACAGUGGCGAUUGCCGGAGUUCUUCUGUCACUGCUGACCCCGGCCGCCGCCGCUGUUGCCUACGACCACAAGGCCAUAAUCAUAAACGGGCAAAGAAGAAUUCUCUUUUCCGGCUCCAUUCACUACCCGAGAAGCACUCCAGAGGUGAGCUUAAAACUGUUCUUACAGGACAAAAAUGGCUUCUUUUACUUCCCCAGUUUUGGCUCUUUUUCACUAAUAAUGUCUGUGGUGAUGUAUCAGAUGUGGGGGGAUCUUAUAGGGAAGGCUAGAGAUGGAGGGUUGGACGUUAUACAAACCUAUGUCUUCUGGAACCGCCAUGAGCCUUCUCCUGGACAGUAUUAUUUUGAGGACAGAUAUGAUCUGGUUCGAUUUAUAAAACUAGUUCAUCAGGCUGGUCUCUAUGUGAACCUCCGAAUUGGCCCCUACAUUUGCGCUGAGUGGAACUUUGGGGGAUUUCCGGUAUGGCUAAAAUAUGUUCCUGGGAUCAAAUUUCGAACUGAUAACGAGCCUUUCAAGGCUGCGAUGCAAAAUUUCACCGCAAAAAUUGUGUCGAUGAUGAAGGCUGAAGGGCUGUUCGAGUGGCAGGGUGGCCCCAUCAUUCUCUCACAGAUUGAGAAUGAGUUUGGGCCGCUAGAAUGGGAUCAAGGCGGGCCAGCAAAAGCCUAUGCGGGGUGGGCUGCACAGAUGGCUACAGGAUUGGACACAGGGGUUCCAUGGAUCAUGUGCAAAGAAGAUGAUGCUCCUGAUCCUAUUAUCAACACUUGGAAUGGUUUUUAUGCGGAUUACUUCAGUCCAAACCAACCUUAUAAGCCCGCCAUGUUUACAGAAGCUUGGACUGGCUGGUUCACAGGAUUUGGAAGUCCAGUGCCACACAGGCCUGUUGAGGACUUGGCGUUUUCCAUUGCAAAGUUUAUUCAGAAAGGAGGCUCUUAUGCUAACUACUAUAUGUACCAUGGAGGAACAAACUUUGGACGCACAGCUGGAGGACCGUUCAUAGCAACUAGCUAUGAUUAUGAUGCCCCAAUUGAUGAAUUUGGUCUUUUGAGACAACCAAAAUGGGGUCAUUUGAAGGACUUGCACAAAGCAAUCAAAUUGAGUGAAACAGCUUUGGUUUCUACUGACCCUGUUGUGACUACACUGGGAAAUUCGCAAGAGUCACAUGUUUUCAGGUCAAAUUCUGGAGAUUGUGCAGCUUUUCUUGCCAAUUAUGAUACUGAAAUUUAUGCAAAGGUUACCUUUAAUGGAAUGCGUUAUGAUCUUCCCCCUUGGUCCAUCAGCAUCCUUCCAGACUGCAAAACCACAAUUUUCAACACUGCCAGGGUAGGAGCUCAGACCUCACUGAUGAACAUGAAUCCUGUUGGAAAUUUUUCAUGGCUAUCAUACAGUGAUGAUAUCAAUUUUGAUGAUGAAAAAUCAUUCACCACAGUGGGAUUAUUGGAACAACUUAAUAUGACCAGAGAUAAAACUGAUUACCUAUGGUAUAGGACAAAUAUUGAUAUAGCAGAAAACGAAAGCUUUUCGAAAAGUGGAGCCUAUCCGGUUCUAACAGUGAUGUCCGCAGGUCACUCUUUGAACGUUUUUAUCAAUGGGCAGCUAGCAGGCUCGGCUUAUGGCGGUUUGCAGGAUCCAAGACUCACAUAUUCUGGAAAUGUGAAGUUGUGGGCGGGUAACAACACGAUUUCUAUCUUAAGUGCAUCGGUUGGACUCCCGAAUGUUGGGGAACAUUUCGAGACUUGGAAUGUAGGAGUUCUUGGUCCGGUCAUGUUAAAUGGACUUGACGGAGGACGAAGAGAUCUUACAUGGCAGAAAUGGACUCAUCAGAUUGGUUUGAAAGGUGAAGCUCUGAAUCUUCACACUCUCACGGGUAGUUCUUCAGUCGAGUGGGGAGAAGCACUUCUAAAACAGCCAUUAAUAUGGUACAAGGUGAAUACUAUUCCAAAUGAAAUUCAAAUACAUUUAAAAACUUUUAAAGCAAAAUUUUUCUUAUUCUCAUUUUCACAGGCCUUUUUCGAUGCACCAGAGGGAAAUGAUCCGUUGGCGAUCGAUAUGAGUAGCAUGGGAAAGGGGCAACUAUGGAUAAAUGGGCAAAGCAUAGGCAGAUAUUGGCCUGGUUAUAUUGCAACUGGUGAUUGCAGUCAGUGCGACUAUCGUGGAGAAUUCAAUGAGACUAAGUGCCUAAGUAAUUGUGGAGAACCCUCUCAGAAAUGGUAUCAUGUUCCUCGCUCCUGGCUAAACCCAACAGGCAAUUUACUGGUUUUGUUUGAAGAGUGGGGUGGAGAUCCAUCUAAUAUUUCCAUGGCAACUCGAACUGUCGGAAGUAUUUGUGCUCAUGUAUCUGAAUGGCAGCCAUCGAUGAUUAGUUGGCGAACUAAAGACUAUAAAAAUCCAAAAGUCCAUCUAAAUUGUGAGCAAGGAAAAAAGAUGACGAACAUAAAGUUUGCUAGUUUUGGAAAUCCUCGAGGUUCAUGUGGUAACUACUCAUUGGGAAGCUGUCAUGCCAAGAAAUCCGAGGAUGUAUUUGUAAAGAAAUGUGUAGGCCAGCAAUCGUGCUCUGUGGCAGUUAUUUCCGAAGUUUUCGGAGGAGACCCCUGCCCGGGUGUAUUGAAAGUUUCUGUGGUGGAGGCCAUUUGUAAAUAAGGCUACCAUGGUUGCAUAAACAAAGGAAAGAAAGGUUUGAUAUUCACUUUGAUCUCUUAUACACAUUGAGAAUUCAGUAAAGAUUUUUAAAAGCUGAGCUUCAAAGUAGUAACACUACUACUACCAUUGAUGGAUUAAGAGAUAAGCUAGAAGCAAAGACAUGAUAGUUUGAUACAAUAAGGAUAUGAAAUGCUGAAAAUAUAGGGGUCCUUUCAGAAGUUUAAAUGAUAUGAAGCAACAUCCAAUUAGUUUUUGUUUUUUUUUUCCUUUUUAGAUGAUCAUUUUGACUCAAGAUUUGUAUGAUCUGUACUGAGAAUAAUGUAAAACCAAUAUAUAUUCAGUCAAAAUGUCUAUAAAUUGUAUUAAGAGAUUAUGUGCACAAGCAUCACAGUCUUGUAAAAAUUCUUUCUUGUAAAACUUGAUAUGUUGAACAU